AGAAGUCGAGCUUUCCUCAAGAUACACUCCCAAAACACUGGGCGGGGUCUGCGUCCUGUGUCAGGAAUGACGCUAUCCCAUUGGCCGACGCUCUGAUGAGUCCACAGCGUUCUAGCAUCGCUCUAUGGCGCCCACAACACUGAAUGUAGCAAUCCCAAGUCCCAUAGGCUACAGAAAAGGGCCUUUGAUAAUUGAAGCCCAUGUUUUGAGUUGUUUAUUAAAGCUCUGAAUAUGGAGAACACCGUGUACGAACAGCUCCAUCUCAUACGUCGUUCUUGUGACGCAUAAUUUAUGGGUUCGCUGAGUCGUGAGGAAGAAUAAGGAGAAUCUUGAGGACUCCAGCUGGAUCGAUGCACAAACUGGAUCAUCAGAUCGCGUGCAUUCCUCCUUGCUAACCGUACGGAAUUAGAGGAUGGCUGGAAUUGGGAACAGUUCAACAUCUGGAAUGGGUGACAUCAUCCAGCUGAAUGUCGGAGGAAUGAGAUUUAGCACAUCAAGGCAGACUCUGACGUGGAUUCCUGACUCUUUCUUCUCAAGUUUACUUAGUGGGAGAAUAUCAACGCUACGGGAUGAAACUGGAGCUAUAUUUAUUGACAGAGACCCAACAGCAUUUGCACCCAUUUUAAACUUCCUUCGAACUAAAGAAUUGGACUUGAGGGGGGUUAACAUAAGUAUCCUACGACAUGAAGCUGAGUUUUAUGGCAUUACACCAUUAGUCCGUCGCUUACUGCUUUGUGAAGAACUGGAACGAUCGUCAUGUGGAAGUGUGUUGUUUCAUGGCUACCUCCCUCCACCAGCUCUCCCAGCGAGCAGUGCCGUUGGGCAGGCUGCAGCUGUUGCAGGUCCAGAAGAGCGCUCAGCCCCCAGUGGUGCAGAGGGGGGUUACACCCGUUCCUGCCCUCAGUCUUCUCUCCCUGGACCCUCUGGGGUAGAUGGACCGCAAAGACUGGGAUCACCAGUGGACCCUAGAAAGGUGCUGAUUGUCGCUGGCCAUCAUAACUGGAUUGUAGCUGCUUAUGCACAUUUUGUCAUCUGCUACAGAAUAAAGGAAUCAUCAGGCUGGCAGCAGGUGUUUUCCAGCCCUUACCUGGACUGGGCCAUUGAGCGGGUGGCCCUUAAUGCUAAAGUUGUGGGCGGUCCACAUGGAGAUAAAGACAAGAUGGUGGCAGCGUCAUCGGAGAGCAGCAUUAUUUUGUGGAGUAUCCAGGACGGAGGGAGCGGAAGUGAAAUAGGUGUGUUCAGUCUCGGAGUACCCGUUGACUCUCUGUUUUUCAUUGGGAGCCAGCUAGUCGCCACCAGUCACACAGGGAAGGUAGGAGUGUGGAACGCCGUCACCCAGCACUGGCAGGUGCAGGAUGUGGUGCCCAUCACAAGCUGUGACACUGCUGGCUCCUUCCUCUUGCUGGGUUGUAACAACGGCUCAAUUUACUAUAUUGACAUGCAGAAGUUUCCGCUAAGAAUGAAGGAUAAUGACUUGUUGGUGACAGAGCUGUACCAUGACCCAUCAAAUGAUGCCAUCACAGCCCUCAGUGUCUACCUGACUCCUAAAACCAGUGUGAGUGGGAACUGGAUUGAGAUAGCUUACGGAACCAGCUCAGGGGCCGUGCGUGUCAUCGUGCAGCAUCCGGAGACCGUUGGAUCUGGUCCACAGCUCUUCCAGACCUUCACUGUCCACCGCAGCCCCGUCACGAAGAUCAUGCUCUCUGAAAAGCACUUAGUUUCAGUGUGCGCCGACAAUAAUCACGUACGCACGUGGACGGUGACUCGGUUCAGAGGAAUGAUCUCCACUCAGCCAGGAUCUACUCCACUGGCCUCAUUUAAGAUCAUCUCACUGGAGGAGACAGAGAGCCACAGCAGCUAUUCCUCCGGCAAUGACAUCGGUCCAUUUGGAGAGCGAGACGACCAACAGGUGUUUAUUCAGAAAGUCAUUCCCAUUACCAACAAACUCUUUGUUCGUCUCUCCUCUACGGGGAAGAGGAUCUGUGAGGUGCAGGCGGUAGAUGGCACUACAAUCACUUGUUUUACAGUACGGGAGUGUGAGGGCUCGAGCCGCAUGGGCUCCAGACCACGCCAUUACCUCUUCACUGGCCAUGCAAAUGGGAGCAUUCAGAUGUGGGAUCUCACCACCGCCAUGGACACAGUCAACAAGAGUGACGAUAAGGCUAGGCGUGAGCCAGAGAUGGGAGGUCCAACUGAGGAGGAGCUGCUGAAGCUGCUUGACCAAUGUGAUUUGAGCACAUCACGCUGUGCCACGCCCAACAUCAGCCCCGCCCCCUCUGUGCUGCAGCACAGCCGGCUACGAGAGUCCUGCUCCAGUCUCCAGCUGCAGGCUCAGGAGCCCAUCCCUGAGACGGCCACCUACGGAGCCCUGCGGCCGUACCGAGAGAGCCCCUUGCUGGCCCGUGCUCGACGCACAGAGAGCUUCCACAGCUACAGAGACUUCCACAGCUUAAACCUGACCAAAGCCUUGCUAGAGAACCAUGGACAGUAUGGAUCCACCGAGGACGAGAUUCGCCAAUCUGCGGGGGAGAACGGCGCUGAGGACGCAGACAAAAGGAACUCUACAGUGGAUCUUUGGGGGUCUAGAGCGUCUGAAACCCAGUCUGCAGCCGCUCGCAAACCCCCAGACAGCCCUGGAGACCAGCGACGAAGGGUCCAUUUGAUGGAGGAGGGGGCUGCAGACUGCAGAGCGGAGGGGGGGAGGAGGAGAGGGACGUUUGAAGCUAAUUUUCUAAGCAGGAAAAAGGCACCUCCGGUUCCACAGUUGAGCCCCCCACCCGCAGCAGCUGAUGGAGGGGGCAGCGACUCGUCCAGCACCGCCUCACCCUCGCCAACUAAAGUGGCCACAUCCCCACGCCAUCGCAAAGGCCCUGACACUGCAUGUGAGUGAUGCUUUACGCAGAUUUGUCAUACACAGGUCGUACCAAAUACAAUAAUCUCUGAUUGGGAAAAGAAGGUAGUUGAAUGGAUGAGUAGCGUUUCAGGAUGUAGAUGUGAAUGUCGAUCAUAAGGUUUGGCAGGACGGCAGCUAGCAGCAAUAAAAACCUCACUGUGUACAGAAUUAAAGGGAAAAUGCACCACAGAAAUGGCCGCUUGGUUUUUCUUCACGUGUUAACUAGUUGAAAGAUUUUAUUUUGCUCUCUCUUGUCUGCUUUUUCCAAGCUUAAAAAUUAGAUUUGCCUAAAGUUCACUGGAGCAAGUUAAUAAAAAUUGACUAGAUCCAAUCAAUCCAAUCAAAAAAACUAAUAAGACUUCUGGGGCCUCGUUUAUAAAAUCUUGCAUAGAAACCAUCUACAUUUGAUCUAAGAUCAUUUCUCAUAUGUGUGAUUCAGAGAAAUGCCUCACUUUCAGAUAUGGAAUCUAUAAAUAGCAAAUGAUCUUGAAAUUGUGCACAGCUAAUUUCAGAUCUCUAGCUUGUAAACGCCCCCUAAUUAUUGCCAUUAACAUAUAAAAGAACACCAGUCCAAAUCCUUUUGCUUGAGAAUUGCGAGCAGUAAGAAAUGCUUAGAUUUCCAAAUACCUGCAGUACUCCAACUCUCUGCCACAAAGUGAUGUGCGAACGCCUGCUUAGAACCCAAUGUGACGCUACGCACUUUUUCCAUGUCGAAGACCGUUUUUAUAAAUAUGGACGUUGCUAUGGAUUUUAGCAUACGCACACUCCAAGAUCAAAUCUGUUCGUACGCACACUUUAUAAUUGAGGCCCCAGCUUUGUACGCCUGCACUUUCACUGCAAAAUCUAUUAGAGCAAUGUGUUUGAUUCUAGUUUAUGUGUUAGAUUUAUCUUGUUUUUGAUCAUUAAAGGGAUAGUCCACCUGAAAAUUAAAACAUGAAGAAAAUCAUGUCAGAUUUGAUGUCUGGGCUGCUCUCUUCCAUACAAUGAAAGCCGAUGGAGAAUAUGGCUUCUAAAACUCCAAAAAGAUUAGAGAAUGUACUGUACAAUAUAUAUAAAAAACAAAAGUGGUCCAUACGACUAAUACUUUAUAGACAGAGCUCUGUCAGAAUAGAAUGAAAUUACUAUUGUAAUUUAUUUGUUACAAACUGCUCUAAAACAUGACUAGACGAUCCAAAUGCAGCUUUAUUAAGGGUAUACCACAAUCAUAAUCUACAUAACAACCACAGGGCAAAUAAUCCAAAUAUCAAACAGACAUCCAAGACAAGCAAAUUCAGGAAAACAGGCAGAAGAUCAGAACCAUAACACAGGAAACCAGAGUAAGCGCUCAGAAAAGCUAUGGUAACACAACCAGACUUCACAAAGUGAAAGUGAAAACACUAUAUAUAGUUAUACAGAGUAUAGUUAUACACACCAUAAUUAGUAGCAGGCAAUGGAUUAUGGGAAAUGAAGUUCAUAAUCAAAUAGCAAAGGAGUCAGGAGGAGUGCCCUCUGGUGGAGAUCAUGGGCGCUCCAACUGGUGAAUGUAGAACUAUUGUAGAAUUUGAAGUUACUAUUGAAGGCCUUGUCUUGAAAAUCCUUGUUGACAUCCGAGGUCCUGUUUGCUUUCAUUGUAUGGAAAUGAUCUGGACAGUCCACUUGUUCAAUGCGGGGGUUGAAACACAUGCAGGUAGAUUUUUGGUGGACUAUUGCUUCAAUGGCUUGCUAUUCUCUUAUAACAUUUUUUUUUUUUUUUUUAUAAAGUAAUUUAGCAUGCUGAUGCUACUGUCCACUAACGGUACCUUUAAAACACUGUGAUGCACUUUAUUUUCUGUCUUUACAUUCAUCCCUUUAUAAAGAAAGGAUUGAAAAGAUGAACUUCAACUAAUGAUGAGAUUUGAAGUGCAGGUUUGGCUCCACUGCUGCUGCCGUGAAAACCGAUUGCUCUCUGUGAACUUUCAGCAUGCAUCCGCAGGGGAUUUUUACUUGCUCUAUCCAUUUUUGGGAUUUAUUCAGUGCCUUUUGCGAUUAAGAUAGGUAAUGCUGUGAGAAAGCAAAACAGAUUCAGCUUUUUUCCUGGUGUGAGGGUUAGUUGGAUUAUCCUACUUAUCAAGACGAGGAAAGAAAAGAAAGAAAAGAAGCAUGUUUAAAGACAGCUGCCAGUUUUAAAGGUAGUGUACAAAUCAAAAUAAAAAAUUCAAUUUGUACUAAUGUAUUAGCUCUGUAUUUAAAAUACAAACGUCUAAUCAACAUGUGAAUAAUGUCAUUACAAAGUAUAAUUUUAUCAUUUGCAUUUCGACUUGUGUUAAUAAGAAUACACGGUAAUGGAUUAUUUAUAUUUGACAUGGAGCUUAUUUUGCAUUGUAAACUGAUGAGCAUGGACCAUUACACUUUGUGUUCAGGUUAUAUCCUGCUAGAGAGAAAUAGACAGUAUAUAUCAGUGAUACAUAUCCAAUAUAGACUAUUAAUAUAGUUAUAUGUUGCUAAACGAGAUUAUUUUAAUUGUAACUAAAUGGACGCCUUUAACAAAGUAUGUACUUUAUAUGAAGGGAAUGAUGAGAUCUCAUUAAUGCUAUGCAAUCAGUGUAAACAUUUUGGUGACAAUAGGCCACGUAGCCUGAAAUGAAUAAAAGAAAAGCAGAAAGUUCUUAGGACAACAGCAUGAAGCUAGAAAAAUAAAUAAAUUAACAAUAAAAAAUAAUUACCCCUUGGAAAAUCUGCAUGUUUAAAAGUGUCACUUCCCAAAAUUACAUAAAUCUAUAAAAUCCCCCUUUGUUUUUUUUUUUAAUGUCGUCUAUUGCUAUGACUGGUUUGCUAGUGUAGUGGUCUUUUUUGAUAAAACCGGAUAUGCAUACAUUUGUUUUGAUAAAUAAUUGCACUAAUUUUGUUUUUGCCUUUGUCCACUGGUCCUAACUAUACAUAAAUGUUGUGAGCAAUCUAAGAGCAUGUCUUAGAACAUUUUACUUUAUUCAGAUUUCCAUGCCAUUUAUUUGCCCUCUGAGAUGUUUUAGUGUUUAAUUGACAAGAGUAUGAUACUUUAUGCUUGCUUUCAGAAAUACGGUCACAACCUGAUUUAUGUUUUCAGCCUGGUUAAUGUAUGAUUUCAUCUCCAGGCAAGACGAGUCCUCUUCGUUUUAAUAUGCAGAUUAGAUAUGUUAUAUCUAACAAGACUGCUUUAUGCUUUAUCUUAUCAAGACUGUUUUAACUUAACCUGCUGCACAGAUCAUUGUGUGGCUUCAAGAGGAAAUUACAGCUCAUGCUACAUGAAAUAUGGAAAAAAAAUAUGUGAAAAUGGUACAGUACAUGCACUGCAGAUUGGUACUCGGCUUCUGUACAUCUCCAGUGGCACAAUAAAGUAACCAAAUAAAA